GUUUCAUCAAUGUCAAGAUGAUCCGAUUGCUCUAGUUGUGGCGUUUCUAUCGUAUGUCAACCAGUAAUUCUAUGGAAUGAUUUCUUGUUUUGAUGUUAACUUUAUGCAGUGCUUUGAUUUUGGUUAGUUGGAUGGUCGAACGCCUAGUUUUUGGCCUCGCGGACGGAUUUGGGAUCCAAUUAAAGCUAGUUUUGUAUUUGUGAAUUGCGUCAGCUGACAACUAUUACUAUCGAAGCGCGUUGAUGUUGAUGUGGUCAAAGUGGUUGACUUGAUAUGGCUUGUCCUUCUAAUGAUCAGCUGUUGCAAUUGGAAACAACAUGUGGAUCUCUUCUAUAUGAGCUUCAGAUUAUAUGGGAUGAGGUUGGUGAGUCUGACGCUGAAAGGGAUAAAAUGCUCCUUGAGCUAGAACAGGAGUGCCUGGAGGUCUACAGAAGAAAGGUUGACCAGGCUAAUCGCUGUAGAGCUCAGUUGCGACAAGCAAUUGCUGACUCUGAAGCGGAGCUUGCAGCCAUCUGCUCUGCAAUGGGUGAGCCACCAGUACACACAAGACAGUCGAAUCAGAGAGCUGGAAGCUUAAAAGAGGAGCUCGAGUCCAUUACCCCACAGCUAGAGGAGAUGCGAAUGAAGAAAGUUGAGAGAUUGAACCACUUUAUAGAAGUAAUAGAACAGAUAAGAAAGAUAUCACUUGAGAUCAUGCCUUCUGGGUGCAACCCAUUGAUGUUGGCUGUGGAUGAAUCUGAUUUGUCUACAAGAAGGCUUGAAGAUUUAUACAGACAACUUGAGUUACUUCAGAAGGAGAAGAGUGACCGGUUGAAGCAAGUGAUGGAUCACUUGUCCUCUCUGAAUGCGUUAUGCUCCGUGCUUGGAGUUGAUUUUAAAGAAACAAUUAGAGAAAUACACCCUAAUCUAGAUGAAACUGAAGUAUCAAAGUGUGUAAGCAAUACCACAAUAGAAAGGCUUGCCACGGCUAUAGGGAGAAUGCGAGAUAUUAAGAUAGAGAGGAUGAAGAAGCUUCAAGAUCUUGCAUCUACAAUGUUGGAAUUGUGGAAUCUAAUGGAUACGCCAAUCGAAGAGCAACAGCUCUUUCAGAAUGUGACAUGUAAUAUCGCUGCUUCAGAACAAGAAAUUACAGAGGCCAACACUCUUUCGGUGGACUUACUCAAUUAUGUGGAGACAGAAGUUUUGAGACUCGAACAGCUAAAAGUUAGCAAGAUGAAAGAGCUAGUCUUGAAGAAGAAAACAGAACUUAAAGAACUUCGGUGGCGGGUGCAUCUGGUGGCAGAGGCAGAAAAUCAAGAAGAAUUUGAAAUUAGUGCUAUUGAAUCUGGAGCUAUUGAUGCCACUUUAAUUCUGGAACAGAUAGAGUUCCAAAUUGCGACAGUUAAAGAGGAAGCCUUUAGCAGGAAAGAUAUACUUGAAAGGGUAGAAAAAUGGUUUGCUGCAUGUCAGGAGGAAGCAUGGCUGGAGGAGUACAAUCGGGAUGAAAACCGCUACAAUGCUGGAAGAGGUGCACACCUAUCACUUAAGCGUGCUGAGAAAGCUCGUGCAUUAGUCAACAAGAUUCCAGCUAUAGUAGAAACUCUGGCAGCCAAAAUCACACAAUGGGAGAAAGAAAGAGGCAUUGAGUUCACAUACGAUGGCGUGCGUCUUCUCUCAAUGCUGGAAGAAUACACCAUAGUCAGGCAAGAGAAAGAGCAAGAACGCAAGAGACAGAGGGAUCAGAAGAGGCUCCAAGGCCAGAUCAUAGCCGAGCAAGAAGCACUUUAUGGUUCAAAACCCAGCCCUUCAAAAUCUCAAAGUGCAAAAAAGAUACCCAGAACAUCAGCUGGGUGCCCAAGCCGAAGGCUCAGUGGAGCAACACAGCCUCCCAAGCUUGAUCAUCUGCAUUCUGCAAAGCCUGUGCGCUCAGCAAAGAAGACAGAUGAUUUGGGCAUCCUUUCUCCUGGUGCAAGAGGUGCAGAUAUUGCUGGCCUUCCUGUGAAGAAGCUAACUUACAAUGCCAUGACCACACAUCAAGAAGUAGGCGUGCCACGCAAACCCUUUGCUCCUAUACUACCAGUUAACAACAUGCCAACAACACCCUCUAAGCACAUUGUCAAUACGUUUGAAGAGAACAAGUCCCCAAAUGUGAUGCUAACUCCCAAAACUCCAAUGGCAGUGCAAGCGCCGAUGCAGGUGGCCAAUACACCUGUUCCUCCGACUUGCCUCUUUGACCAAGCAGUGGCCAAGGUAGUAGCACCAGUGGAGCAGACAGAGUAUUCAUUUGAAGAAAGGAGGCUUGUUUUCUAUCUUAGUAGAUAAAUGAGCUACAUAAACCAAUAUUGGAGACGUCUUCUGUAGUCUGUAGUUGAUUCAAAGUCGAUUAUUCUCGACUUCGGUUAAUGAUCACUAAGAACUGUCUUUAGUGUUAAUAGAUAAA